UGGUCUUGGUCAGAGCCGGCGCCUGGCAGGGGUGGCGCGAUGAGCGGUUGGAUGGCGGGGAGCCGAGCGCAGCGGGCUGCGGCCCUCGGCCUAGCGCUGCGGGUACUGCUCAGCUUCGGGCUGGGCCUGGAGGCCGCCCCAACCUCGAUCCCGACCUGGUCCUUGACCCAGGCCCCAGGCCCCAGCACAGCCUCGUGCCCGCCCACCAACUUCCAGUGCAGGAGUGAUGGCCGCUGCGUGCCCCUCACCUGGCGCUGCGACGUUGACCAGGACUGCCUUGAUGGCAGUGACGAGGAGGAGUGCAGUACUGAACCGUGUGCCCAGGACGGGCAGUGCAAGCCACCCACUGGCAGCCCCUGCUCUUGUGACAGCAUCGAUGACUGCCCUGAUGGCAUCAACAAGAAUGUUCUCAACUGCGGGCACCAGCCCUGCCCGGAGGGAGAGCUGCGCUGCCCGCUGGGCGGUUCCUGUAUCCCACGCACGUGGCUCUGCGAUGGCCACCCAGACUGUUCCGACUCCAGCGAUGAGCUUGGCUGUGGAACCAAGACCCUCCAAGAAGGGAGUGCCACAUCCAUGGGGACCCCUGUGACCCUGGAGAGUGUCACUUAUCUCAGAAAUGCCACAGUCACCUCUGUCGGGGACCGGGACUCAGUUCAGUCUGGAAACCGAAGUGCCUAUGGGAUCAUUGCAGCUGCUGUGGUGCUAAGUGUAGGUCUGGCCGCCGCCAUCCUCUUCAUGUCACGGCUCUGUGCCCAGGGACGCCUGUUCCCGCUGGGGCUGCUGCUGUCUGUGAAGGGGUCUCUGCAGUCAGAGAGGACGGCCGCAGUUCUCUGA